GUGGAAUGUUCAGCAGUGCAACGGCAAAAACGGAGUCAACAUGGAUGGUCCUGAUCAGUGGAUCGACUGCCUCCGCGGGGGAAAGAUUCUGUCGGAGCUGCAGUUGAAGGCCGUGUGUGAACUGGUCAAGGAGAUCCUGGUGGAGGAAUCCAACGUGCAGCUGGUGUCGAGCCCGGUGACCGUCUGCGGUGAUAUUCAUGGACAGUUUUACGAUCUCCUUGAGUUGUUCCGCGUGGGGGGCGAAUUGCCGACGACCAACUACGUGUUCAUGGGCGACUUCGUUGAUCGAGGACACAACAGCGUUGAAACGUUCGAGAUGCUAUUGUGCCUCAAAGCAAGAUAUCCAGACCGCAUUACGUUGUUGCGAGGCAACCACGAAAGUAGACAAGUCACCCAGGUGUAUGGCUUUUACGAAGAAUGCGUGCGCAAAUACGGCAACGCCAACCCGUGGAAAUACUGCACAGAUGUCUUCGACUACCUGAACUUGGCAGCCGUCAUCGAUGGUAAAGUGCUUUGUGUGCACGGAGGUCUUUCGCCAGAGAUCCGAACGUUGGACCAAGUCCGCACAAUCGAGCGUCAAACAGAAAUCCCGCAUGAAGGCGCGUUUUCCGACUUGAUGUGGUCCGACCCAGAAGAUAUUGAAGCGUGGGCGAUGAGUCCUCGUGGCGCGGGCUUUUUGUUUGGGUGGAAAGUCACUCAAGAGGUGGAUACGGUCACGUUGACGUUGGACGUGCUAACGUCACUGGAUAACGUCAAAUGUGUCUAGUUCAACCACCUCAACGGCCUUGAUCUCAUCUGCCGCGCCCAUCAACUGGUCCAAGAAGGGUACAGCUACAUGUUUCCAGACAAGAACCUCGUGACAGUGUGGUCUGCACCAAACUACUGCUACCGCGUCGGCAACGUCGCCGCCAUCCUCGCCUUUGACGAGCACUUGAACCGCGAGUUCAAACUGUUUCGUGAAGUCCCCGAGUCGUCGGAGCACGCGUCGCAUCGCUCGGCCGUGCCGUACUUUUUGUAGUUUCGACUUAGAUUAACUUGCAACACGCCCCCCGUUUCGACUACUUAAGCAUGUACAAUCAUCGGCGGCACUUGCACCACCGCCGCCUCGGCCAUGUCCGCCGUGCGCACCGAG